GUUGGGGGGGAGCGAGAGAGUACCACGAACCGGGGAUUUUACCUUUUCCACAUAAAAGUUUGUGAGGCCGAGUGGAGGAGACAUGGCGGUGUUCUCUGCUCUGUGGGUGCUCUUGCUGUGCCAGCUUCUGACUUCAUCCUCAGCCCAGAGGCCGGGCCCCAGAGGAUCUCCGGGGCCAUCAGGACCCUUUGGACCACCAGGAAGAGAUGGCACUGAUGGGAAAGAUGGACCUGCUGGACUGCCAGGGAAAGCUGGUCCUAAAGGAAAAGCAGGAAUACCGGGCUCUCCUGGGAAACCAGGCCUGCCAGGACUUCCAGGAGUUGAUGGUUUGACUGGUCCUGACGGUCCUGCUGGGAAGGAUGGGCCCCCUGGGGACGCAGGGGACCCUGGACCUUCGGGGCCACCUGGACCUCCUGGCAGAGGGAGAACAGGAGCUGCAGGUUUACCUGGAACCAACGGGUUGCCGGGCGGAGUCGGACCCCAGGGUGCAGCGGGAGCUGAGGGUCUUGCAGGACUUCCCGGACCUGCUGGCUCUGAUGGACCCCCAGGUCUUCCUGGUACUCUUCAUGACCUCAGCGGUGACCUUCUGUGUCCUGCAAUCUGCCCCGCUGGUCCCUCUGGUGCUCCUGGGAUGCCGGGAUUCAAGGGUCACACAGGACAUAAAGGAGUCAAAGGAGAGCUUGGAAAAGAUGGAGAGAAGGGUGACUCUGGUCCACCUGGUCCCCCGGGUAUUCCUGGCACUGUGGGUCUGCAGGGCCCACGUGGUCUGAGAGGUUUACAGGGACCGAUGGGAGCUGUAGGAGACAGAGGUUUUCCUGGUUUCAGAGGCAAACCUGGCAUCGCCGGCAUCAUCGGAAAGACAGGUGAUGCUGGAGAAAAGGGACCACAGGGAUUCAGGGGACCCAAAGGAGAAAUUGGGAAAAUCGGUCCCAAAGGAGGCCCAGGGGGAUCAGGACCCAAAGGGGAGCCUGGUAUUCCUGGCAGAGAUGGCAAAGAUGGUACGCCGGGAUUAGACGGCGAGAAGGGUGAUGCCGGACGCCACGGAAUCGUUGGAGAGAAAGGACCAAACGGCCUUCCUGGUCUACAGGGAAAGGCUGGUACAAAGGGAUCUACAGGAGAAGUUGGUGACGCGGGGAAGACUGGGGAGACAGGGCCCUCUGGAGAGCCAGGUAUUCCUGGUGACAUUGGUGUCCCAGGAGAGAGGGGGAUAGCCGGACCCAGAGGAGUGACCGGAGGAAUUGGACCAGUGGGCAACACUGGACCGCAGGGAGUCAAAGGCUUUCAGGGGGUGGCAGGAGGAUUGGGGGAUUCAGGUCUCCCAGGCCCGACAGGAAUCCGUGGAGAGUUUGGUGAAAGGGGUCCGAACGGAGCUUCAGGAGCCAAAGGAGACAUGGGCGUCGCAGGAAGUGACGGUUUACCAGGAGAGAACGGAGAACCUGGUCCCUUCGGACCAGUGGGACAAAAAGGAGAGUCUGGAAAACGUGGUGAGCUGGGACCGAAGGGCGUGACGGGUCCUCAGGGAGAGCUCGGGGCCAGAGGGCCUCCAGGAAAACAAGGGAUAAUGGGCUUCCAGGGAGAACAGGGUCUGCCCGGGAUCUCAGGAAAGACAGGCGUACCUGGUAAACUGGCGAGCGAGCAGCAGAUCAGAGAGCUGUGUGGCUCCAUGAUUGAUGAUCAGAUAGCCCAGCUGGCCGCUAACCUGCGAAGACCCCUGGCCCCUGGCAUGGUGGGCCGCCCGGGCCCUGCUGGGCCUUCAGGAACCCCAGGAGUAGCUGGGUCUAUCGGGCAUCCAGGCACUCGUGGACCACCAGGGUACAGAGGUCUGCCAGGAGAGCUGGGAGACCCUGGUACCAGAGGUGAUGUUGGUGAACAAGGUGACAAGGGACCUGUUGGUAAAGCCAUUGAUGGGCCAACUGGAGACCAAGGACACCAAGGUCUUCCUGGAGUUCCUGGAAUCGUCAAAGAUGGCCGCGAUGGAUCUGUAGGAGAUCCAGGUGAGCCUGGAGAGUCAGGCAGGGUAGGUAGGACUGGGCACCAGGGACCUCCUGGUAUCUGUGAUACCACAGCCUGCCAGGGAGCAGCAGCCGCUGGGAAAUCCUCCAACCCCAAAAACCAUUAAACAAGACUUCCUGCACCCUGCGGCCAACCACCCCACGCAGGAAGGGUGAAAAGUGAGGGAAAGGAAGAAAUGAAAGAAGAGUGAUCACAACAAAAAGAAACUGUCCUCCUCCUUUAUUGAAACAAAUGUAUAACAAGAUGGGAAGAGUAACGUCAACAGAGGAACGUCCGAGGAGAAACACCAAGAGAAGAGCAACUGAGAGACAAAAACAUGGAGAUGAUACCUGAAAUAAAGUGGACAGAGACACGAGUGCAACAGAACAAGUGCAUUGCUCCAAAUACUGUCACAUCCGACUUGAUGACCUACAAAAUUUCAAAAAAUGAAAACGAAGAGUCCUUUUGUGUAUAAAAACUUUGUACAUGUUAUUUCAAUGCCCCCCCAUUACUUGUUUUAAACGAGUGUUGGUCUCUGCAGUGAAUGUGCAUGCAUCACAGCCCAUGAGUGGAAAUCACAGGUGUUACCUCAACAUACGAGCUUAACGUGUAAUAUAUGGAAAUAGGUGCCGGAGGCGAGAAGCUGUGUUUGUACUGUACAAGGAAUAAAAGAAACAACUACCCAGGUGCCCAGACAUUGUGUAGAUUGAUGCAACAAA